UCAAUCACGCCGAAAGCCGUCGAGCAAAGGGAAACUAGGGUCCAGAUCUCAGGGCAGCAAUAGAGAAACACAAAGAUAUAGGGUCUGCCGGGGCUGGAAGGCCGUCCGGGUGUCUGCAGAUCCUGGGACGUUUCUUGGGCAUCAGCUGUCUGGGUUCUGGGCGGCCAGGAAUGCUGCGCGCCAGUGGGCACUGGGGGCGGGGUGCCCUCUUGGUGCCGCAGUGCAGGCCCGUGCUCGAGUCUGGCCGGGCCUCUUAAUGGGUAAAUAUAAAUCUAACCUUAUCGGGCUCCUGCGCUCACUUCCCUAAAUUUCAGCUGGGAGAAAAGAUGGAUCAUGUGAAUGGGACUGAGAGGUUUAUGGAGCCAAGCCCCUGCGGCUGUAAAUCACCCUGCCCUCCUGGGUAUAAAGCGUCCGUCCAGCCCGGCGUGGGAGAGAACAGUCGCUCGCUGCCCCCUGACCCCCAUCGUUCCGCAGCCUCUCGGCCCAGCCAGUGAUACGUCCAGCCUCCUACCUUCGCCCCCACCAUGUCCGAGGAGCUGGCCUCGGGCCUUAAAGAGAGCCUGCCAGCGCCGCAGGCGGGCCACCGCGAGGUGUGGAAGAAGGGAGGCCGCCUGCUGUCGGUGCUGCUGGCCGUGAACGUUUUGCUCCUUGCCUGCACGCUCAUCAGCGGCGGAGCCUUCAACAAGGUGGCGGUAUACGACACCGACGUGUUCGCCCUGCUCACGGCGAUGAUGCUGCUCGCCGCGCUCUGGGUACUCUUCUACCUCCUCCGCACCGUGCGCUGCCCCGACGCGGUGCCCUACCGGGAUGCGCACGCCGGCCCCAUCUGGCUCCGAGGUGGGCUGGUGCUGUUUGGGAUCUGCACACUUGUCAUGGAUGUCUUCAAGACCGGCUACUACUCCAGUUUCUUUGAGUGUCAGUCAGCCAUCAAGAUCCUGCACCCACUCAUCCAGGCUAUGUUUGUCAUUGUCCAGACUUACUUUCUCUGGGUCUCUGCUAAAGACUGUAUUCACGUCCACCUGGAUCUGACCCGGUGUGGUCUCAUGUUCACACUCACCACUAACCUAGCCAUCUGGAUGGCAGCUGUGGUGGAUGAAUCUGUGCAUCAGGCUCACUCCUACACCAGUGCUCACAGCAACACCAGCCACACCCGACUUGCCUCUGACCCAGAGCGGGCGGGCAGCCCGGUCGGAGGAGACCCGUGCCCCUGCAACACGGCCGUCUGCCAGAUCUUCCAGCAGGGCUACUUCUACCUAUAUCCCUUCAAUAUCGAGUACAGCCUCUUUGCUUCUACCAUGCUCUACGUCAUGUGGAAGAAUGUGGGCAGGCUGCUGGCCUCCACCCACGGCCACGGCCACACACCAACCCAGGUCAGCCUCUUCCGGGAGACCUUUUUUGCUGGCCCAAUCCUGGGCCUGAUGCUCUUUUUGGUGGGGCUGGCUGUCUUCAUCACCUACGAGGUCCGAGUGAGUGGGGAGGAAGGCCACACCCAGCAGGCCCUGGUCAUCUACUACUGUUUUAACAUUGUCUGUCUGGGACUCAUGACCUUGGUCAGCCUGAGUGGCUCAGUCAUCUACCGUUUCGACCGCCGAGCCAUGGACCAGCAUAAGAACCCCACACGCACCUUGGACGUGGCCCUGCUGAUGGGUGCUGCCCUGGGCCAGUAUGCCAUCUCCUACUACUCCAUUGUGGCCGUGGUGGUAGGCACACCCAGGGACCUGCUAGGAGGGCUCAACCUAGCCCACGCCCUGCUCAUGAUUGCUCAGCACACCUUCCAGAAUGUGUUCAUUAUUGAGAGCCUCCAUCGGGGACCACCAGGGGCUGAGCCUCCUGAAAAUCCACCCAAGGAGCCUUGCCAAGGCCUUACCUUUGCCAACCAUGACGUCCUCCACACCUUGCCCACCUACCCACCUACCCCCAGUCUGUCUAGCCCCAGCCCAGCAGGCCCUCAGGAAGCAGCCGCCAUCAUCUUGGCCCCCAGGGGCCACUGGAGACGACGGUGCCUAAAAGACAUUUCCCUAUUUCUCCUGCUCUGCAAUGUCAUUCUGUGGAUCAUGCCUGCCUUCGGGGCCCGCCCUCACUUCAGCAACACGGUGGAGGUGGAAUUCUAUGGCUACUCCCUCUGGGCAGCCAUCGUCAAUAUCUGCCUGCCUUUCGGCAUCUUCUACCGCAUGCAUGCUGUCUCCAGCCUGCUGGAGGUCUAUGUGCUAUCCUGACACCACUGGCAGAGACAUGGGUCGAGUAGCAAGAGGGCAGUCAGCUCAUGUGUCCCCUCAAAGCCCCCUCCAGGAAUGAACCUGAGCUGGAGCCACAUCGCCACCCAUCUCCUGCUAGGCACAGAGUGGACUUUUCAAAAAAGUUAUUUUUCCAGAAUGAGUUUUUAAAUCACAACCAGGACAUGCCUGUGGACCCUAGCCUGGCCCUGGCACAGGCAGAGCCUGGGAGAGAGGGCCCUCUCCCAGCCACCUUUCUAGGGCCAAGUGAGAUCUGGA